AGCGCCCGGCCCCGGGCAGCGCCCGGAACUCCGGGGAAGGAAGUAGAUUGCAAAGGAGCGCUGAGGGAUCGGUAACCGCCCCUGCGGCCAGUCAGAAAGGCCCAACCCUGUUUGCUGAGGAAGGGGCCGCACAGAACUGGGGCGGCGAACAGCGCCAAGAUGGAAGAUCGCGAUCUGAGCGGAGCGGCUCAGCGAUCACCGGCGGCGCCCGCAGACCCUUCCACCAAGACCCUCUGAGACGAACUGCGCAGGCUCGACUCGGUACGUGCAUCCCGGGAAGCACGGCAGGCACGCGGGCCGGCGUCAUCCCGGUGGCAUCCCGCGGUUCCCGGUGACAGCUCCGCGUCCGCCAUGUCGCACACCGGCAGCAGCGGCGACUCCUCGCCGGACUUGCGCCGCCGCCGCUCGCGCCGGCCACACGCGCAGGAGGAGGACACGGCCGAGGCGGAGGCGGCGGGCGAGAGGCUCCGGCAGCUCAACAUCGGCGAGGGCGACGACAGGGAGCACAACAGGAUGAUCCGCAGCCAGUAUCGGGAGCUCAUCUCCACCGUGCAGCAAAAUCGAGAAUCCAUGCUAAAUUCAAAAAGCAACAGGCUGACAGAAGCUUUGGAAGAAGCCAAUAGACUUUUUGAUGGAGUUUGCCGGGCACGAGAAGCUGCACUGGAUGCCCAGUUCCUUGUCAUAGCAUCCAAUAUAGGAAAGGAGAAGGCCAAUGAGUUACACUCAGAGAUGUCAGCAUUUGAUUCAACAGCAUUUGCAGAAGACUUGCUGACCUUCAUGGGUAUAAAUCGCACAGAAGUGGAAGAAACUGAUGACUCUGAGGAUGUUCCAGAUGACUUUUUACCCAGUCAUGCCUGGCAGAAAAUGGGGGAAGAAGCACCCAAGUACUUCAGGAGAGCACCUACUUUUCACUACAUGAUGGGAUCUUUCAAGUCUGAGCCUCCUGUACAAAAGCAGCGGAUUGAGAGGCAGAAGAAAGCUAGCAGAGGGAAAGCAGAACGGGCAAUGCCUGCUCAGUUAAAAGAAAUGGAGCAGUCUCAUCAAGAAGCUACAGAAAAAGAAGUAGAGAGGAUCUUGAGAAUAUUGCAAACUCAUUUUGAAAAUGAUCCUAAUACACCCAUUUCCUUCUUUGAUUUUGUGAUUGAUCCGAACUCGUUUGCACGCACGGUGGAAAAUGUGUUUCAUGUGUCCUUCCUUAGCAGGGAUGGUCUUGCAAAAAUAAAGCUGGAUGAAGAUGAAUUGCCAAUAAUAGAGCCUAUAAAACCCAGCGAGGGAGGGGAGGAGGACAGCAGAGCUGCAGCACGGAACCAGGUGGUCAUAAGUCUGGACCAGAAAGAAUGGAAGGAGAUCAUAGAAACAUUUCAGAUAAGAGAAGCUAUGAUUACCCCUCUUUACCAGAGCACUGAAGAAGAAAUGGAAACAGAGUAACUACUCAAGUGCCUUAAAGAAAAUACAUCAGGACAUUUGCUCAAACAAUUGUUUUAUAUGUAUAUGUUGUAAAAUUAAAUAUAUUUUUUCUGGAACAUCUCAA